AGUAUGAAUAACAAUAACAAUAACAAUAACAACAAUAACAUGGACAACAUAAAGUAUCAUGUACUCAAUGCUCAUGAUGAUGAGGAUGAUGUCAACAUGGAGAAUCAAACUUCUACAGGUGGUGCUCCAGGUGCAACUUCAUUCGAACAAUCAGAGAUCACAAAGAAGUUGGCUUCGGAGAAUAGAUAUGAUUGGAAGCUGUUCAAGAGGUUAUGCCAUGUGGUCAAGAUCCUAUACUCCUCCCCUCUCAUCCCCUCGGGAAUGGUGGCCGUUCUGCUGGGCUUGGCUAUCGCACAGACCUACGUAUCGCACUUCACCGGCACGUUGUUGUCUGGUGUCUACUCAGACCUGUCAAGUGGCAACACUCAUGCCUUCACUCGCACCAUGAUCUUUGGAUUCCUCAUCCUGUCGGCAGGCGCUAUCCUCGACGCCACCAUCAAGUUUGUUGUCAAUGCCAUGUCUUGGCUGUGGCGCAAGACCCUGUGUCUGGCACUGCAACGCAAGUACUUUGACAACAACCUCUUCUACCGCAUCAUGGCCUUUGACACAACAGUCGAUAACCCUGAUCAGAGGAUUACCUCGGACAUUGAUCAGUUCACGACCCUGCUGGCCAACGUUGUGUCACAGAUGAUCACUGGCCCCUUGGUGAUCGCCUACUACACCUACCUGACCUGGCGCGACAUGGGCUGGUACGCACCAGCCGUCGUCUACGUCUUCUUCUUCCUCGGCUACGUUGCCAACAAGUUCAUCAUGUCACCGCUGGUCUCUUUAUCCUUCCUACAAGAUAAGCUUGAGGGUGACUUCCGUUAUCUCCAUCUAAGAGUUCGCUCCUUUGCAGAGUCCAUCGCCCUCCAGAACCUUGCUCGUGAUCCACUCGUCUCCGAGUCGAUUGUUGAGGAAGAGCAGGCACGCCGUCAAUUCGAUGUACUACUUAACAACAAGAAGAAGGUUAUCCUUUGCCAAUACGGCCUAACCACAUCAUCCGACCUCUUCACUUACCUUAGUCCAUUGGUCAACUACAUUGUCAUUGCCAUCCCCUUAUACAUGGGCACCGAGAAGUUCAUUCCCAUCUCUGAUGUACCAAUUUACUCCUAUAACUGCAUCAUGUUGGCAAGUGGAUUCAGCCAGUAUAUCAACGUGUCCACAAGCAUUUCAGACUUGUCAAGUUAUAUCCAGCGUAUCUCUACAAUGCUCGAGGUUUGUGAUCAGAUCCAGGCAAAGAAGUACGAGGUGCCAGUGCCACAGGACAACGCUCAAGAGAACACAAUCUCUGUUGCCAUCAACGAUGAUGGUGGACGUGAUAAUGCAUGCGGUGAGAUGAAGAUCGACGACUCUGCAUCACAGAUACAGCUCAACAGCGUGUCCUACUUCACUCCAAAGGGUGAUUCACUAUUUAAGAACAUCUCACUUAUGGUCGAGUCUGGCGUCAACCUACUAAUUAUGGGACCAAGUGGAUGUGGCAAGAGCUCGCUAGUUAGGAUUAUCAAUGGUUUGUGGCCAUUCUUCUACGGCCAGAUCAUCAAGCCAGCCAAUGACAGCAUCUUCUUCCUCUCACAGCAGCCAUACCUAAUCUAUGGUAGUCUGGAGGAGCAGAUCAUCUAUCCCUACACGACUGCCACCAAGCGUAUUUCGCGUCCAGCCCUCCGCGAGUUGUUCAACAAGGUGGACAUUGGAUACCUGAUUGACCGCGAGGACGAGAUCUUGCGUCGCGGCGACCUGAACGACCUGACACACAACUGGCUGAGCUCACUCUCCCCAGGCGAGCAGCAACUAAUCUCCUUCAUGCGUCUGAUCUACCACCGUCCACGCUUUGCAUUGAUGGACGAGUCGACCAGCUCCAUCCCGCACGCGAUCGAAAAGCGUGUCUAUGACAUAUGUCGCGAGAAUGGCAUAACAACCAUCAGUGUAGGACAUCGAUCAUCACUCAUCCCCUACCACCAACGUCUGUUGACCUUUACAAAGAACAGAUCAUGGACCCUGCAGGCCAUCGAUCCACAACAACAACAA